AUGUCCUCCUCCACUACUGCCGUCAAAAGCUCUCGAAAGCGUAAAGCUUCUAGUCUCAAGGAGGAUAUCCCUGCGAAGCUUCCUAAGUGCUCACCAAGAACAUCUAAGAUACGACGGGAUGCCUUCUUUGCGGGAGCACAUCGACAGAGUGAACGAACCCGUAUGCGCAAUCCGCUCGCUGAGGUCUCUUCAACAAUUGUCAAUGAAAUUUCCACAUCUCCGACAAAUGUUCCUUCAUCACCACUUCCACUCUUCUCCUCUUCGCCUCUCAAGACACAACUAUUAACACCUGCCGCUACCCCUGACGUCACGUUUCUUAAGAAGUUACAGAUCGCAAAAGGUGGUGAUGAAAAGGAUGGGUUCCGCUCCCGCUUGGUGGAUGACUUUGAAGAUAUAAAAAAACCGAGAAUACGAAAGCCGAUGCCAACUUCCUUCAGCUUUAAAAACCUAAACCGGUCGUUGAUUGGAUACGAACCUGACGGUAUUAAUGGAAUCCGGCUUGGGAAGCGGUCAUGGGUAACAGAAGGUUUCUACUCCGAAGAAAACGAUACAAAUCUAUAUACCGACGGUGCAGUCACACAAAUGCCGUUUUGCCUAGCAACCUUUAACACAUCACCCAUGGUCGCCGUCGGAUAUGAAUGCGGGGCUAUUCGAUUACUCGGUACCGGCCCCUGGGGUAAAGAUUCGAUCUUAGAAAAGGGUGGCUAUACAUAUCGCGGGUUCAACCGAGAGUCCGCCUCAGUUAUGGUUCAUGACAACGCUAUUUUCGAUCUUUCUUUGUCUGCAGAUGAUCGAUAUAUUGCAUCAGCAAGCGGCGACCAAACAUGCCGGGUAAAUGACGUCGAAAAACAAACACCAGUCGCAGUUCUAACCGGCCAUCAUGGAUCCGUCAAGCAAAUUAAUCAUUCAAUUGACAAUCAGAAUCUCUUACUCACCUCCUCUCGGGACUCAAACGUACACAUAUGGGACCUGCGAACUGCUGGGACAUCUCUCGGAGAUAACCAAGGCAUCAGUUUAAAGCCAAUCAAUAGCAUAUUUGGCGGCCAUAGGGCGGGUGACAAAGCCAUAUCAGUUACAUCGGCAGUUUGGUCCACAAGAAAUCCGUAUCAGAUUGCCACAGCCUCACACAACGAUGCUGUCAUCAAGGUUUGGGAUAUCAGAAAAUCGCACUUCAUCAAAAAAUCGCCGAACUCGCAGCCACUCGUCGAAUACGAGGCGCCAAAACCACGAUUCCACGAUUUUAAACCGCAUAGAGAUUACGGAAUAACAUCAUUGACAUUCGCACCCGACGGCUCAAGACUCUAUGCGCUGUGCAAGGACGGAAAUCUGUACGCUUAUUCGACAUCUCAUCUUGACCGUGGUCCUAUUCACUUUUAUUCCAAUUCGAAGUUAAAGACCAAUUCAUUUUAUGUCAAAAGUUCGAUAUCGAGGGAUGGGGCUAUAAUUGCGACGGGGAGCACAGACGGAACUCUAGUAUUGUUCCCCACGGACGAAAAAUACUUAUCACCGGCUGAGGAUGAUGGAUUGCCUGUUCCUCAUGGUGCGCCAGCGAGCGUAACAGCGGCAAGGGAACUAUACAACGGGACUGGAACUGCGUUGAUCGAAGGGCAUAACGGAAGGGAGGUGACUGGGGUGGCAUGGGAUAUCAACAGAAAUGUUAUUUCGAUUAGUGACGACUGUAUGGCUAGGCUUUGGAGAGAUGACGAUAAUGGUGUUAGAGCGGAGCAGCUAAGGAGCGAACUCGAUUGGGCGAACGGCAACCGACAUGGAUGCGGAUGGAGUGAAGGAGAUUGA